CAGGUCACAGCACUGAGAGGCGCCAUCCCGUUAUGAGUGAAGUGAUCGAUCCCGGAGGACUAUAAUACUAUACACAGCGGAUGGAUACAUAUUAUUGUAAAGAAAGGAAAAACCCCUUUCUGAGCGCGCAUUGAUAUCUAAGCAUUAAGGGCAUUGCUCCGUACACUUAGUUCCGCCCCCCGGGACGUGCGAUUGGUCAGCUUCGUUGCGCCGUCAUCGCCCCUAGGAGGGGAGUCUCCGAGCAACGGGAGCUGUAAUGGGGCAAAGCUAUUCCAAUAGCGCAGCGGAGGCUGCCGCGGCUGGAGAGUGGAAGAAGAGGCUCAGAGUCCGCAGGAGGCGGAGGAGAGAAGGAAAGAGCCCGGCUAAGGAGCCCCCCGGCCCCCAGAGAAGGGAAGGCAGUGCGGGGCACAGUAUAGAACAUCCCGGGGCUGGCUGCUACAGCAGGGGCAAGUCAGAGAGGGCAGCUCAGGACAGGGAGCAUCCUGAGAGCAAAGCAACGAGGAGAGAGCAGCCAGGGGGAGGGUCAUCACUGGGCCCACAACAUCUGGAGAGUGCCAGCAACCUACCCCCAGCCACAGGGCAGGGUGUCCCCCACACAGGGUCACGUGGUGAGCCCCUAGUGGGCACAGAGCAGGGUAUCCCCCAUCUAGGGUCACCAGGAGCCACAGUACAAGAUAUCCCCCAUCUAGGGACAACAGUACAGGGUAUCACCAAUCUAGGUUCUUGUGGUGGGUCAACAGGCGGCACAGUGCAGGGUAUAUCCCAUCAAGUGUCUCGUGGUGGAUCUACAGGGGGCACACUGCAGAGUAUCCCCCAUAAGGGGUCACCAGGGGGCACAGAGCAGGGUAUCCCCCAUAAGGGGUCACCAGGGGGCACAGAGCAGGGUAUUUUCCAUCUGGGGUCACCAGGGGGCACAGAGCAGUGUAUUCACCAUCUGGGGUCUCCAGGGGGCACAGAGCAGGGUAUCCCCCAUCCAGGGGGCACAGAGCAGGGUGCCAACCAUCCAGGGUCACCAGUGAGCACAGAGCAGGGUUUCCCUCAUCCAGGGUUAAGUGGUGGGUCACUAGCGGGCAGAGGACAAGCGGAGCCAUCACAAGGCACCCUACAGUAUAUCUCCCCUACGUGUAGUGCCAGGGACUUGUCAUCCACUCAAGUUUCACAAUCCGGUGACUCAGGGGCCGCCUCACACUAUAUACCUGGGAAGACGAAGGGAAAGGCAUUCUUUGCUGCUCUUCACCCAUCAGAUCUAGCUGGUGCCCUGACACUGUGCCAAGGUACAGCAGCCAGCACACAAGCUGCUGCAGAUCCUGACAUGAGACUGGAUGGGCAGGAAACGCGGCACAGACUGGAUAUGUCCUCGUGUGAUGCCAAGUCCGCUAUGACCGGCAAAGAGAGAGCGUGGGGUGAAGACGAUGGGAAGACUAUCUUGGGGUCUUCCAAGGAUACUCUUAAAAGUGUGUCGGGGGACACUGGGCACAUGGACAACCGAGACUGCAGGAGGGUGGAGGUGACCGGCAGAAAGGUAACUUUGGAGACCAAGACUGUGGAAUACAUUUUUACCAAGAAUGUAGAGACGAUGGUAACCCAUUCAGUUGUGGGUAUGAGUGCUGGAGACCAAAGGUCAAAGAAAUCUGGGACUGAAGUAGACAUGCAUGAUGGACAGCUUGACCGAGCUUCCAAGGAAACAACAACUGGAUUAUACUGCACUGAGGUCUUCUCCCACACACACAACAACUCUGUGACCAAUAAAAGACUUGGAUCAAACUUCCAACCCCGUCAUAGUCCCAUUGAGGAUUUGUGGAACCGUGACUCUGGAAUACCUGGCUUGAAGCUAACUGUAACCCCACCGGACUCGGAGAACACCAACGAGGCAACGCCAAGAGAAGGGCUAGCCAGAGACUCAUUGUUUUACAGAAGGGGGCCUCCUUUGCUUAUGGCCUCCGACACUCACAGUUAUUCUAUUCCUCGACUUAUUGUCACUCGAGAUGCCAGCCCCAAGAGGGGUUUCUCCCCUUCCUUGUCCCCCCAACUACAUGAAAGCGGCUUUGCUCUGGAUGUUCCCUUUACAGGGGAAGCGGAAUCCCCUGCCUCAGACAGUGGCUGUGGUGGAUCUCCUGUACCUUCCCUCUUCCUACGAAAGCUGUCCAGUUCCUCUGGUCUGUCUUCUGCCUCAUCGUUUGAAGAGUCUGAAGAUGACUUCAUUGGCAGUGAUGUGGAGCCCAAUGGGUUACAACUACUUAUCUGCAACCCUGAUGAGCAAGGAGCAGCUAACACAUCCUGGAGGAAGUUGAAGAACAUGGUCCACUGGUCGCCCUUCGUGGUGUCCUUCAAGAAGCAUUAUCCAUGGGUCCAGCUGGCUGGACAUGCAGGCAACUUCAAGGCCGGAGAAUACGGGAAGAUCCUGAAGAAGUUUUGCCAGUGUGAACAACAGUGCCUAGAAUGGCUGAACCGGGACACCCUGCGGCCCUUUGUCCCUGGAUACUACGGAGUGGUGGAGAAGGAGGGUGAAACCUACAACCAGAUGGAAGACCUAUUGUCUGAGUUUGACUCCCCGUCCAUCAUGGACUGCAAAAUGGGUGUCAGAACCUAUUUGGAGGAGGAGCUGGUCAAAGCCCGGGAGAAGCCCAAGCUCAGGAAGGACAUGUAUGAAAAGAUGGUUGCGGUAGACCCAAGUGCACCGACGGAAGAGGAGCACCAGCAGAGGGGCGUCCUAAAACCCAGAUAUAUGCAGUGGCGAGAGACGCUGAGCUCCACCGCGACACUGGGCUUUAGGAUAGAGGGCAUCAAGAGAGCUGACGGAACGUGUGACACAAACUUUAAGAAGACCAAACACAGAGAGCAGGUGAUGAGAGCUAUGGAAGACUUUGUAGAUGGCAAUAAAAAUAUUUUGAGGAACUAUCUGACAAGAUUGAAAGAACUGCGUACAGAGCUGGAAAGAUCAGAGUUUUUCAAGCAACAUGAGAUUGUCGGCAGUUCUCUGCUCUUCGUCCACGAUUCCUCAGAACGGGCCAAGGUUUGGAUGAUUGACUUUGGGAAAACCUCUCGACUACCGAACAAGGAGACACUAAAUCACCGGGUGCCUUGGAUGGAAGGGAACCGGGAAGAUGGGUACCUGUGGGGCCUCGACCACCUCAUACACAUCUUCUCUGAGAUGGUUCAGGACUGAAAUAAUUCAGCUGUACAGACUAGAGACUGGCUUUGGUGUGAGCACAAAAUGACACCAGCACUCUGCCCAAUGGCAACGAAAAAACUGGCAUAAAAAAAACAAAAAACCCUUGUGGAUACUGAACUCUCCGGCUCAUGUUUGGGCUGCAGUGCCACGUCUGUCUUGUAAAUUGUAUUAUAAUUUUAUUUAUGCUUUUUGUAGCCUCAUAGAAACACAACACUGGAAACUGUACAGUUUAAUGCUGAGGGAAGUGUACCUCUCCGUUCUUUUAUAAUUUGUAUAUAUAUAUAUUUUAUUACAAUUUUACAAACUGAUUUUUAUUUUGUAUUUUAUAUUUUUAAACUGUUCAAUAAGACGGAGAAUAAUUUUUACCUGG